AUGAAUAUAUUUGCUAUUUUUGGAUGCUUAUGGGGUGUUAAAAUCGAAUUACUUUUGAAAACUCUACAUUAACACAGUAUAUAUUUUUUUAUUAGCACAUCUUUGCAUUUAAGCCCUCGAUAUUAACGGAUAUUACAUUUACGAUCCUGAAAGAUCUUAUUUUCCACAUAUAAAAAUAAAAAUAUAUAUUUAACGUUAAUGUUAAAACCUAAGAAAUGAUAGUAAAUAAAAAUACUUAAAAUGGAAAAAAAUAUUAUGGUAAAAAAAUACCUGAAAAACUCACCCCUCAAUCCUCUCUCUAUUUCUCUCUCGCUCUUCUUAUUGAGAGCGAAUUUUUAAUAAUAAACAUACUCUUGUAUCAAUGUCACUUCUGAUUAUGAUGAUGAAGACGUAAAAUGAAGCCUUACCCAUGAGAGAUCUCCAUCUCUGUCAAAGCUACGAGCUUUACCCACCAGCCACCGGAGAGAAGCCGAGGCGGGGGCUGGUCGGAGGCCCAACCACCGCCGCUGCUGCCGAGAUGGGUUCCCCUGAAUGACCCGAAGGGGGGAGAGUGCAGCUAAAUGACAGGUUCGCUGAGCAAUCGCAAUGGCUGAGUCUCUGGUUCGGCCGGAGCCGAUCUGGUGGGGAAUUGGCGGAGAAGAAGAAGAAUUGGGAAUUGGGUCAUCAUCCUCCGUCAACGGCGCGGGGCAAGGACGUUCUGGGUGGCGUGCUCCACGAACUCGUCGAUGAGGUACGGCCAUGCGCCCUCCGGGUCGUAGUUGGUCAGCGAAGGAUCCACCGUCUGCAGAAACCAAACAGGCCACCGCUGUUAGCUAG